AAUUGACUAAUUAUCGAUAUUAUUAUUUUCAUAUACUACCGCCUGAUAAAUUAGCAUAUGCACAAAUUAUUUUUUAACAAAAAAAUUAACAACGUAUACAUGCAUCUGAUUUAAUACGCAUAAAAAUAAACAUCGUAUAUUAUAAAGUGUGCUAAACAGAAGUAACAAACGCAGGUAGAGAAGAUUUUCUUGUGUCUAGAGAGAGAGAGAGAGAUGGGUGUAGUAGAGGAAGCUCACAACGUGAAGGUGAUUGGCUCAGGAAAUCAAGGGACGAUCGUAUUAGGUCACGGGUUCGGUACGGACCAGUCAGUAUGGAAACACCUGGUCCCUCAUCUGGUCGAGGAUUACCGCCUCGUGCUCUACGACAACAUGGGAGCCGGUACGACCAAUCCGGAAUAUUUCGACUUCGAUCGUUACUCGACUCUCGAAGGUUUCUCUUUUGAUUUGAUUGCAAUUUUAGAAGAUCUCCAAAUCGAGUCUUGUAUCUUUGUUGGUCACUCUCUAUCCGGCAUGGUUGGUGUCUUGGCUUCUCUUAACCGACCUGACCUCUUCUCCAAAAUCGUCAUGAUUUCUGCUUCCCCACGAUACGUGAACGAUGCUGAUUACCAAGGUGGAUUCGAGGAAGAAGACCUAAACCAGCUUUUCGAAGCGAUGCGAAGCAACUACAAAGCGUGGUGUUUAGGUUUCGCUCCACUAGCGGUAGGUGGCGACUUAGACUCAGUAGCCGUUCAAGAAUUCAGCAGGACGCUCUUCAACAUGCGUCCGGACAUAGCACUCUCCCUGGCUCAGACCAUUUUCCAUAGCGACAUGAGACAAAUCUUACCCUUUGUCUCUGUCCCUUGUCACAUAGUCCAAAGCGUUAAGGAUUUAGCCGUACCGGUCGCCGUAUCCGAGUAUCUUCACAACAAUCUCGGAUCAGAAUCCGUGGUCGAGGUUAUGUCUUCAGAUGGUCAUCUUCCUCAGCUUAGCUCGCCGGAUUCUGUUAUUCCCGUUCUCCUCCGUCACAUCCGCAACGACAUUGCUCUCUGAUGAUGAAAUGGUGUUAAUUAAGUUUAGCGAUAUUAAAUGUAUGAUGUGAUAUGUCUGGGUAAGUUAUUAUAUCGUUUCGUUGUUGUUUUGUUCUGCUUCGUUUGUCUUGGAUUCUGUAUUUGAUCAGUUUGUUGUUCUUCUUAUCUUUGCUUCACGAAAAGUCUUGGUCUCUUGUAUCCAGCUUUGCUCGACCUUUUCUGCACUCAUAUAAAUGUAGCAAUAGCGAUGUUCGUGAUUGGUGGUCCAUCCAUGGUGAAUUAUUUAAAGUGUCGUUGUUGAGCUA